ACCCACCAUUGGACCUCCUUCCUUGGUCUUGUUUUAUUAUAUAACUUAGCUUCUAUAUCAUUCUUAUUCACAAACAAGAUCAAUUAUAGUAUUGUCCUUGAAGAAAACCAGCUUGGAGACAUGGCUUCUUCUUCUACAUUUCCUCUCCAAUGUUUCACCAUUCUUCUUUUGUAUUUUGUCCUCACUUCAGGUUCAAGUGUUGCAGAGAAACCUGAAAUGGAAGGAAUCCAGAAGGCCAGAAAACUAGAAAAUGUAGGAGACCCAUUGGCUACUCAAUUUGAUACAACUGUUCCCAUCAUUAACCCAACAAAUUCAGGUAACAAUCCGAACACUCCAUUUAUCAAUGCAGCAGCAAACUCCUCGCCGCCGCCGCCGCCAACAACCACCAUGACACCAAUUACAAACCCAACUCCAUACACAACACCUCCAGCAUCAUCAGGUGGCCAAUGGUGCAUUGCAAGCCCAACUGCUUCUGAAACCGCCUUGCAGACCGCUCUUGAUUAUACUUGUGGCUAUGGAGGUGCAGAUUGUUCUCAAAUUCAACCAGGUGCAAGUUGCUAUAAUCCAAACACUGUCCGGGACCAUGCUUCUUUUGCAUUCAACAAUUACUACCACAAGAAUCCGGCUCCAACUAGCUGCGUUUUUGGAGGAGCAGCUCAACUUACAAGCACUGACCCGAGUAAUGGAAACUGUCACUAUCCAUCAACCACAGGAUCAACUCCACCAGCAAACAUAACUCCUCCAGCAAACCCAACUCCAACAAUCGCCAACCCUCCUCCAUCUCCGACUACAACGAACCCAUAUAUAACUCCAACAGGGCUCCCCAGCUCAGCCACUUCAGUGCCCUGCAGCCUGCUUCUGUUGGCCGCAACAGGGUUCAUCUGUUCACUUCUUGCUGAAAAUUAUCUCUAAGAAGACAGGAAAUCCAUAUUCUGCAUAAAGAUGGAGAUUCCCUUGCUUGACACUACACUUGAUGAAGUUGUAAGCCAGCAAUGAGACCGACAAGAAGAUGUUACUGCAAGGCUCUUUUCUCACCAUAAGAUUGAUUACUAUACUUGUAUGUAAUGCAAUAUUAGUUGAGAAAAGCAGCCUUGAAGAAAUGAAGAAGAUCUUAGAAUCCUAAGGUUCUUGAACUCCUUAGACACAAUGAAAUAGCUACAAUUUAUCUGCAGUAUUAACCAAAUAAAUUAUUAGAGAGGCACUUUAUAUCUA